GGGCCGAAUGAGACCUAAGUUAUAGAUCAUGGCAACUUCUGAAUCAUCCAUACCAGAGACCAUGCGCAAGAAGGUAGAGACCUACAUCUUCGCAUUACAAGAUGAGAUAGUCUCUGCGUUCGAGAAAAUCGACCCAAAUGCACCACCUUUCAAGCGCGAUUCUUGGGUUCGUGCUCAUGGAUCAGGAGGGAAGGGCAUGUCCUGCGUUUUCUCAGCUCCAUCCCCAGAUCCUACAUCAUCACCAUCAGCUCAAGAACCAAACACUGUCUUGGAAAAAGCUGGUGUCAAUAUCUCAGUGGUGCAUGGCAUGUUACCGCCCCCUGCAAUCAAGCAGAUGCGAGCGGAUCAUUCUUCCAUCCCUUACGAUGGCACUAGCAGCUUGCCCUUCUUCGCUGCGGGAAUCAGUCUCGUCGUCCAUCCGCGUAACCCCAAUGCACCCACUGUACAUGCAAACUAUCGCUACUUCGAAAUAACUGAGCCCGUGACGGAAGGAUCAGUAGACCCAGGAAAAGUGGUCGCUUGGUGGUUCGGCGGAGGCUCCGAUCUUACCCCAUCUUAUCUUUAUGAAGAGGACGCUAUACACUUCCACAGUACCAUUAAAAACGCCUGCAAUCAGCACGGCAGCGAACUGUACCCAACAUUCAAAAAGUGUGCGACGAAUACUUUCACAUACCUCAUCGGGGGGAAACUCGAGGAAUUGGCGGAUUAUUUUUUGACGACCUCAGUAGCGAAAAGCAUACACGACUCUCAGAUGAUGUUCCCAGGCCUAAAUCGGCCGAGGACAUUUUUGCGUUCAUUCAGACUUUGGGCAACUCUUUUAUCCCCGCUUACCUCCCUAUCUUGGAACGUAGGAUGAGCACACCAACCAACCAUCACCAAAGACGAUGGCAGCUUCUCAGGAGAGGCCGAUACGUCGAAUUUAAUCUGGUGUAUGACAGAGGCACAAAAUUUGGACUGCAAACACCCAGUGCACGGAUUGAAAGUAUCCUGAUGAGUCUGCCCGAAACCGCAAGAUGGGAGUACAUGAGUGAUAUGGGAAGCGAUGAGGCGAGCGAAGAAGGGAAACUAUUGGAAGUGCUGAAGAAGCCAAAAGAGUGGGUUUAAGUUUUGAUCUUCGAUCCUGCAAUAUACCCAAGCCGAAGAUCUCCACUGGCGUUAAUAUCUUCGACAUGAAUCUGGUCCCCCAUCCCCAGGGUGAGAUAUCGAGACAUGCAUUAGAUAACCAAUCUAUGUACCUGAAUUAAAGUAUUUUGUGCAUUGUUUUGAGUCACUCCCAAAAAUUCAGAAAUAAAUGAUAUAGGCUAAUCCGUCACA